AUGAAUAUUGAAUUGACCAAAGAUGACUUCUAUAGAAAAUAUAGUCCUCUUACUAAGCUAAAUUUGAAUGAUCAACCUUUUACCAUAUAAUAUAAAAGCAGGAAUGAAAAUGAAGUAUUUUGGAUUAAGAAAAGAAGGAUUCAAGGAUAAUAUUAAGAUUAUUUUAUAGAGGAAAUUAGAAAUGAAAUUAAAAUCUAAACAAGCCUUAAUAAUAAGAAUUGUGUUUUGGAAAUUAAGAAUUUUACUAUAUUCCAAAGUGAAAAUAAGAAUAGAAAAGUUGUAAUGAUUGCAUAUUAUAAUGAUGAUAAAUGUGCUCCAAUAUUAAAAUAUAUCAAAAAUCAAGCGCCAGGAAUAGAAAGAAAAAUAUUUGUGAGCAAGAGACUCUUAGAAGUUUAUAACAUAUUAAGAUCAAGUAAUGUUUUCCAUCAAAAUAUUAAACCUAAUAAUGUAUUCUUUUAUGAUAAUGAUAUUUUCUUUUCAGAUUUUGGGAGUAAUAGAACAUUUCAUUAGAAUUAUAUUUAAUAAUUUGAUAGAAGGUCAGAAUAGAACUGGCAGAAAGAUUAUUAUUUUUAUAAUCCUAAGAUAAUAUUAGAUAUCAUUUAAAAUUUGCCAGAUUAUGAUAUGAGAAUUAUUGAGUUCGAUAAUAUAAGAGAAUAAAUGAAACGAUAAAAAUAAUUCGAAGAUGUUCUGAAUGUUCCUUAAAAUUCCUUUAAUCUAGAUGCAUGGGCUAUUGGAGUAAUCAUUAUUCAAAUAUUUUAUCCUAAAGAUUAUAUCAAUCCACCAAUUGAAACAUUUUAUGCUUUAUAAAAAGUAGAAUUAGACAAAAAAAUUAACGAAAUAACUCUAAUAGAUAGUCAAAUAGGUUAAGGAUUAUAGAUGCUGUUUUAUCCUGAAAAUUAAAGAUAAUAAUAAUAAUAAUAAUAACCAUAUUAAUAUAAUGUAUAGUUAAAUAUAUCCUAAAAGUUUCCAACCAGUGUAAUUGUUUAGCAAGGUUAAUUAAGCACGAGCUCUAUAAUUACAGAAUUCAAUAGAACCUUUCCCAACCCUGUAACAUGUUGUAAAGCAAAGGUCACUAAAUAUGGGACUAUUUAAGCAAUGGAUAAAUUUCUCCAAUUAGUACAAAAAUAAAUUUAUCCUGAAUUGGGAAAAUUCUUUUAAUAAAAUAAUGAACAAAAACUUUGGUGUUUUUUGGAUUUUCAUAUGUUACUUCAACUUGAUCUUAAAGAGGUUUAAUCCUAUUUGGAUGAUCUAAUGAGAUUGCUGAUUGAACUCUCUGAGAUCUCUUAGAGAGAAACAAGUUAAAAUGAAGCGAUACAACAAAGUCAUAAAAAUAACAUUGAGAAGCUUAAAGAAAAUAUAUUUCUGGUAGAAAAUAGGAAGUAGGCUCUAUAAUACUUUUAUAAUUAUGAAAUGGAAGCGCCAGAAGAAGAUAUAAUUUAUUAUUAUAAUCUAAAAGAAGCAAAUAUUCUUUAAUGGAAGAAGCAAUUUUAAAUUCCUGAUGAAGUAACAGAUUAACUUACAAAUAUUGAAGCUAAGCCAUACUUCUCACCUAAAAAAAUAGCAGGUUUAAUCAAAUUAAGAAAAAAAGAACUUAAAAUCGAAGCCUAAGUCCCUGUUAAGUUGAGUUAAGUUUAAUAAAAGAUAAUUUCAAUUUAUUAUUUAAAAGGUUUACCAGAAUAUAAAGAUACUCUUGAAAAAAAGGAGGAGGAAAAAAAGAAAUAUGGUGCUGAAUAAUUCCCAUUUAAUUUAGCAUUAAGAACCAGGUAGAAGGCUCAAGCGUUCAUUAACGAAAAAUAACUUAAAUAUUUAUUAGGCUUUGAAGAAUAUCAAUCUAUAUCAGCAAAACUCAAAAGUCAGUAUUUGAAGACAUUAUUCAGCUGCAUAGAUAUUGGAAUAAAAAAUAAAUAAGAUGUCUAAUAAUUUAUUUCAGGAGUCAAUCAUAUAUAUCCAUCACUCAAAUACAAAUUUAGACAAAAAUAUGCAGAAAUAAUGUUGACUUAUGGGAUGUUACCAUCAGAAUUAUGUGAGGAAAUAUAAAUGUUUUUCGAAUAAAAAUAUAGUGUAAGGAUUAAAGUAGAUUACAAGUACUUAGAUUAUCUAAAAGAAUUUGGCAGUAUUUAAAUUAAAAAAAACUAUAUUGGAUACUUAGUCAAUGAUAAGCCUCAUGGAUAAGGAUUUCAGAGAAUAAACCAAGAGACUUUAUAAUUUGGAAUAUUUAAAUAUGGAUAGAUAAUAUGGGGGUGGGAGAUUGUCAAAGCAGAAGAAAAAAAAAUUUUAUUAUACAAAGGUGAAUUUUAAAAUGGAAGAAAAACUAAUAGAGGAAUCAAUAAAGCAUAUGAAAAUGAACAAAAUGGAGGAUAAUCUAUUUUUAAAUACUUAAAACCAUGA